AUGAACUGGUUGGUUUACAACUUCAAAUUUCAAGCUGGAGGCCGAGCACCGGCUGAUGAUAACCCACCUGACACCGACGCGCGACUCAUCAGGCUCAAGGACCUCGCACCAAGCGACGGGAGCAACAACGGCAACGGCGGUACCGGCCUGGACUGGACAAAGCCAAAGCCACUCAAACCUUUCCAGCUGGAGGAACGUCUGAAGAUGCUCAUUAUCAAAGCCACUGGAGAAACUGGCAAAGGCCUCCUCGACUAA